CAAGCCCAGGACCGGAUGGUGACCUGUAUUAGGACCCAGAGGGCACCAGGGCAGGAAAUAUAAGUUUCUAUUUCUCUGCUCAGACACUUAAGUCGCUGGGCAGAGCAGCCAGAGACAGCACCUGGGCGGGACCCAGGGCUUCGAAUGGUCCCUUAGUACAAGGGACCCUGCCCGGCUCGGCACCGGACCCGGCUGCCCACAGCCUCAGCGCCCUGGACAGGACCCCGCCCGGCUCGGCGCCGGACCCGGCUGCCCACAGCUCAGCACCAGGGGAGGUAGCAGAGGCAGGGGCAGGGUGAGAACCGUGCCAGCUCCUGCCCUGCGGAGACAUGUCUGGCCAGAAGAGGAGGUGGCAGGACUGGCCUGACAGCGCCUGGGAGCCAGGGCCACCGAAAGUGGCCCGGCUCUCCCCGGAGCCAGGGCCCAGCUGGAGAACAGAUCCUUGCGCCAUCCUCACUGACUUGGAAAAGCUCUGCAACCAGAAACCCCAGCAACUCCUGCCCUUCCUGCUGGAGCACGACUACCAGCUGGAGCAGCUCGGGGAGAGCCCAGGCCUGAGCCCUGCCAGGGUGUAUACGCUGCUGCGGGCCCUGAAGCUGGCGAUGGAGAGCGCUGGCGAGCCGGAGCAGGUCCAGCAGGUCCUGGCCCUGGUGCUGAGACCAGCUUUCGUGCUCAGGAGCCUGCUGGGCUUCAUUGCCGAGCUGGAGAGCUUCCAGCACCAGGACGGGCAGAUCUCCCAGGAGGUGAUGGAGGACACGGUGGCGGCCCUGCACCAUCUGCUGACGGCGUCCCCCAAGCAGACGAAGACCCUCCUCUGCUACCCUGUGGACCUUCUCUUCGCCACGGUCCAGAGACUGCAGAGCCGUGGCUUCGAGUUCACAUGGAUCAUCCAGAAACGGCUUCACGACACCAAGAGCCUGGUGGACGCGACCUUCCCGCGGAGCAGUGUGCCCCUCGCCUCGCCAGCCUGGCGGGAGGAUUUCCACACGAUCCCCGUCUUCCCAACCCCGGAGGAGAUAUUCGUCGACCCUGGGCAGAAGCUGAAGCGCAACCUCCCCGUGGGGAAGUUCGCGAGCGACGCGGCCUACCUGGACACGCACUUCCGCCUGCUGCGGGAGGAUUUCAUCCGGCCCCUGAGGGCCGGGAUCUCGGCUCACUUCUCCCUGCGGAACGUGUUCGGGGGCGCUGGGAAGCAGAGGGGGGCGCUGCGGGUCUACAGGAACGUGCAGCUGGUGAAGGUGGGCACCUCCCCGGCUGGUGCCAUGUACAUGGCCCGGUUCCAGGCCCCGCAGGGCUCCGCCCACGCCUCCUCCAAACGGCUGCUGAGCGGCUCCCUGACCUGCCUCAUCUCCAGGGACUGUGGCCAGGUGUUGUUUGGGACCGUGGUGGGGGGCAACAGGCCUGAGCUCCUGAAGGGGGCCGUGUGGCUGGCCAUUAAGGCAAACCACAGCGACCUCCUGCGGCAGCACCUGGGGAAAACCAGCUUCAUCAUGGUGGAGUCGCCGGCCUUCUUCGAGUCCUACCGGCACGUGCUGGAGGGGCUGCAGGAGAUGGACCCCGCCCAGGUGCCGUUCCAGAGCUACGUCGUGCAGUGCCGCACCCCCGUCGCGCCACCCGCGCACUUCGGAGAUGCCGUCACCUUCGACCUCUCUGUUCUGCGUCCCACUGGGCGAGCCGACAAAGAGACCCGGGGGGACACAGCUGAGGGGCACGUGACCGCGGUGGACCUGACGGCCGUGAGACCCUGCGACUCCUAUAUCUGGUCUCCAGAGACAUUUCCUCACUUAGAUGAGUCUCAGAUCUUGGCCAUUCGAAUGGCCCUGAGCAGGGAAUUUGUGCUGAUUCAGGGCCCACCUGGGACAGGCAAAACCUUCAUUGGGCUCCAGAUCGUGGAGAUCCUGUUGAGGAAUCAGUCUCAGUGGUGGGGGGACCAGAGACCCUUCCUGGUCGUCUGCUACACAAACCAUGCUCUGGAUCAAUUUAUGGAAGGGAUCCUGCGGUUCCAGCCCUCCGGCGUGGUGCGCAUUGGGGGAAGGAGCAGAAGCGACAAGGUGGCAGUUUGCUCCUUGAGGAACCUUCGCCAAAACCAGCUGCCAGGGCUCCUGGGGGCCGUGGAGAAGCACCAGUAUGGCUGGAUGCGGAAGACCUUGCAGAAGCAGAAGGAGAGCAUCGCCUACCGCACCGCAGUGCUGGAGCUCCUCCGCCGAGGGAUCCUCACGGACACAGAGCUGGCCGCGGAGAUCCGCGAUGACAACCUGGCGCGCUCCUGGGGGUGCUUCGACAUGUGCGACUGGCUGAAGAUCGACCCCGGGGCGGCGCAGGAGAGGAAGCCGGCCCCGGCUGAGGGCAGGGGCAGGAGGGCAGGUGCGGAGGAAGAGCCCUGGCCGCGUCACAGGGAUGAGCGGGCCCUGGAUGACGAGGACGAUUUGGACCCUUCCGAGUGGCGGCGGAGCACAGCGGAGGAGAAGUUCGCUUACAUCCUCCCCCCACGGCGUUCGCUGCUGCGCAAAGCCCUCAGCCCUCACUGCCCUGCGCCAGCACCACGGCCCCGGGCCCUGCUUGGCACUGCGCCCCGUCCUGCUCUGAAAGGGAGACAACGCUGCCGCGGUCUCUGGUGUCGCCCCUGGGAAUGGCAGCUCCGGCUCCUGUCCCUGCUCUGCACCCUGCAUCCCCCUGCCAGCCCGUCAGACCCGCCGCGGCAGGGGACAGCUGGGUGGCCGUGCCAGGAGCCCGCGGCCAUUGGAAGGGGUGUGGGAGCUGCGGUCACCCCAGCUGCGGCUGGUGCCCUGUUGUCAGGCUUGGGGUUCGCACAGAGCAGGGGCCGCAGCCCCCCAAGCCCUCCCCGCGCUGCUCUGUCACUGCCCAGUCUCUCCCUCAGCUCCUCACGCGAUGGGCUGCGCAAACGCUUGGAGGAAGGCGACAUCAUGACCGACGAGGACGUCGCAAACGUGAGAGACGUCGGGGAGCUGCGGCUGACGGAUCGCUGGCGUCUCUACAGGAGGUGGAUGCUGGCCUACGAGCGUGAGCUGAAGGAGACGCUGGUGGCGAAGCUGGAGGAGUAUGAGAAGAAAGCAGCUCAGCUAGCAGAGUUCACCUUCCAGGAGGACCUGAGGGUGCUGAAACGCAGCCGGGUCAUUGGCAUGACGACAACAGGGGCUGCCAAGUACCGAAAGCUCUUGCAGAAAAUCCAGCCGCACACGGUGAUUGUGGAAGAGGCAGCAGAGAUCCUGGAAGCUCACGUUCUAACCUGCCUCACGCCGGCCUGCAAGCACCUCAUCCUGAUUGGCGAUCACCAGCAGCUGCGACCCAAACCCGCCGAUUACACCUUGGAGAAGAAGUAUUUCCUCGGCAUCUCCCUGUUCGAGCGCAUGAUAAAUAAUCAGAUCCCGUAUGUGCAGCUGCUCUAUCAGCACCGCAUGCGCCCAGAGAUUUCCCGGCUGCUGGUGCCGCUCUUUUACAAACAGCUCAAAGACCACAAUGCCGUUGCUGAAUAUGAAAAGAUCAAGGGCGUGGAGAGCAGCGUCUUCUUCAUCCAGCACACAGCGGCCGAGAGCCACAGCGCUGACUCCGAGAGCUACAGGAACGAGUUUGAGGCUUCCUUCCUGGUCUCAUUGAGCAGAUACCUCCUGGAUCAGGGAUACGACCAGAGCCAAGUCACCGUUCUGACCCCCUACCACGGCCAGGUGCUGAAGAUCCGCACGCUGAUGAGGCGCAGGGACAUGGGAGAGGUGGCUGUCCACGCCGUGGAUGACUUCCAAGGGGAGGAGAAUGACAUCAUUCUUCUCUCGCUGGUACGAAGCAACAGAGAAGGGAGGAUUGGUUUCCUCCAGGAUAAAAAUCGGCUCUGUGUGGCUUUGUCACGGGCCAGGAAGGGAUUCUAUUGCAUUGGAAACCUAGCCGGCAUUGCAGCUGGGUCCAACAGCAAACUGUGGAAAGAUAUUCUACGUCUCCUAAAGAGAAAUAAACUUACCGGGGAAGGGCUGACGCUGGUGUGUCAAAAUCACCCCGAUACCAAGACAGUGGUGAAGGAGAGUUCGGACUUCAGUAAAAUCCCUGACGGAGGCUGCACGCUCCAGUGCCAAACCCGGCUGGAAUGUGGCCACCCCUGCGUGCGCUGCUGCCACCCACACGACAGGGAUCACGGCCUAUACGUUUGCCAGUUCCCGUGCUCCAAGCUGUGUGAGCUCAACCACAGGUGUCCCAGAAAGUGCAAGGAACCUUGCGAACCUUGUUCCGUGGAAGUGGAAAAAGUCAUUCCAAAGUGUGGGCACCUCCAGACAGUCCCCUGUCACAUGCCAGCUGAUCACUGGCUCUGCCAGGAGCCAUGCAAGCAGCUUCUGGAAUGCAAACACCCAUGCACGCGCCGCUGUGGGGAAGCCUGCAGCACCUGCAGGUGCAAGGAAAUGAUUGAUGUUACUCUGCCCUGUUCUCACGUAAUGAGAACGGAAUGCUACAAGCAGAAAAUGCCUCCGAUCUGCCUUGAGACAUGCAAACAGAAACUUGAGUGUGGACACCACUGCAAAGGAAACUGCUAUGAAUGUGUGCAGGGCAGGCUGCACGUCCACUGCCGUAACAAGUGCACAAGGGUCCUUCUGUGUUCCCACCAGUGCCAGGAAUCGUGUUUUGAGAACUGUCCUCCAUGCAAGAGGAAAUGCUCCAACAAGUGCCGACACAGCCGCUGUGAUAAGCCCUGCGGGGAGAUCUGUUUCCCCUGUAUACAGCCCUGUUCCUGGAAAUGCAGGCACUACCGGUGUACGCAGCUGUGCUCCGAGAGGUGCAAUCGCCCCCGCUGCAAUGAGCCCUGCCAAAAAUCACUCAGCUGCAGCCACCCCUGCGCAGGCCUCUGUGGAGAGCCGUGUCCUCCCAAGUGUCGCACAUGCCACAGAGACGAGCUGACAGAGAUUUUCUUUGGGGCGGAAGACGAGCCGGAUGCCCGUUUCGUUGUCUUAGAAGACUGUGGACACGUUCUGGAGGUGCAGGGCCUGGAUCGCUGGAUGGAUGGUGAGCCAGACAACAGUCAGACCCAACACGUCCAGCUGAAGGUGUGCCCCAGAUGCGCGACACCCAUCCAGCACAACACGCGUUACAACAACGUGAUCAAGGCCAUACAGCAAAAAAUCGAGGCGAUCAAAUUGAAGAUUCAGGGAAACAGGGAAGAACUUGAAGUUGGAAAGCAGCAACUGCUCCUUCGGCUGAACAGCGACAGAGACCUCGUGGCCUGGGCGGGUAUGGAAAGAAGCAUUAUGAACACUGUCUCCCGUCAGAGCCUUCUGGACUUGGAGAACACCCUAAAUUUCUUCGCAAGUCUCUCCAGAUUGAAGCAGCAGGCACAGAAGUGCACAGUGGCGAGAGAACGCAACCUGAAAAGGAAGAUAGAGGCUGUGGAGCGCUGGCUCAUCAGAAACAGACACGCCUUCACGGCGCAGCAGCUCAGGGAAUGCAGGAAUGAGAUCACGAGGAUAUCGUACCUGGGAAACAUCUUCGAGCGGCUGAGUGGCUACGAAAACAAACAAGCGUCGUUAUCCACCGAGGCCGUGGCACUUGCUAACGAAGCCAUAGGCGUCCUCCAGCGGCAGGACCCUUUCACCCAGAGUCGGGAGGAAUCUCUCCAGAGGGUGCUGGAGAAGAUUGAGGAGUGGCUUCCUGCUACAGGACUGCAGCUCUCCGAGGCAGAGAGGGUCAUGAUAACAGAGGCCAUGCAAUUCGGCAGGGGCCACUGGUACAGAUGCCCUCAGGGCCAUUUGUACACUAUUGGGGAAUGCGGCCGCCCAAUGCAGCAGAGCAGCUGCCCCGAGUGUGGAGCUACCAUUGGGGGGCAAAACCACGCUCUCACUCGGGAUAACGUCGCCGACGAUCAAAUACUGGAACCCGCUAGAGCACAGGAGCGAGAACCACGUCUACAGGAUAGUAUCUUAGCUCUGCCCAACUCCAGCGAUCAGCCAUGGUCACCCACCUGCUGCCCGCCCAGCCCCCACCCUCAGCCGGACUCGCCGCCCCCUCCCCUGCCCAGCCCCCACCUUCAGCCAGAUUCACCGCCCCUUCAGACACCCAGCCCCCACCCUCAGCCGGACUCGCCGCCCCCUCCCCUGCCCAGCCCCCACCUUCAGCCAGAUUCACAGCCCCUUCAGACACCCAGCCCCCACCUUCAGCCAGACUCGCCGCCCCCUCCCCUGCCCAGCCCCCGCCCUCAGCCGGACUCGCCGCCCCCUCGCCCGCCCAGCCCCCACCCUCAGACGUACUCGCCGCCCCCUCCCCUGCCCAGCCCCCACCUUCAGCCAGAUUCACUGCCCCUUCAGACACCCAGCCCCCACCCUCAGCCAGACUCGCCGCCCCCUCGCCCGCCCAGCCCCGGCCCUCAGCCAGACUCGCCGCCCCCUCGCCCGCCCAGCCCCGGCCCUCAGCCGGACUCGCUGCCCCCUCGCCCGCCCAGCCCCGGCCCUCAGCCGGACUCGCCGCCCCCUCGCCCGCCCAGCCCCGGCCCUCAGCCGGACUCGCCGCCCCCUCGCCUUGUUGCUGAACCCCUGAACCGAGUAUGGACACUGCUGGGUCUUCCGCCACACUGA